CAGAGAAGUUCAUGAAUAUUAAGUGUCGUUACAGCGGAUUAACGCCUCAGUGUGCGAUUGUUGUGGCAACUGUUAGGGCCUUGAAAAUGCAUGGUGGUGGACCUGAUGUUGUUGCCGGGAGGCCUCUUGAUCGUGCUUAUGUAAGCGAGAAUGUUUCCUUGGUUGAAGCUGGAUGUGUGAAUCUAGCAAAGCACAUCUCAAACACAAAGGCUUAUGGUGUGAAUGUAGUUGUUGCUGUGAAUAUGUUCUCAACGGAUACCGAAGCAGAGCUAAAUGCAGUUAGGAAAUUUUCAAUGGAUGCUGGUGCUUUUGAUGCUGUCAUUUGUUCCCACCAUGCUCAUGGUGGUAAAGGAGCGGUGGAUCUUGGUAUUGCGGUUGAAAAAGCUUGUCAAAACAUUACACAUCCACUUAGGUUCCUCUACCCAUUGGACAUUAGCAUCAAAGACAAAAUUGAGGCCAUAGCUAAGUCAUAUGGAGCCAGUGGUGUUGAAUACUCAGACCAGGCAGAGAAACAGAUUGAGAUGUACACACAACAAGGCUUCUCGAACCUUCCCAUAUGCAUGUCGAAAACGCAAUAUUCAUUCUCCCAUGAUGCAUCAAAGAAAGGAGCACCUACAGGGUUUGUGUUGCCAAUAAGAGAUGUUAGAGGAAGCAUUGGAGCUGGUUUCAUCUAUCCACUGGUUGGUACAAUGAGCACAAUGCCUGGACUUCCCACAAGACCUUGUUUCUACGAGAUUGAUAUUGACACCGCCACUGGAAAAGUUCGUGGCCUUUCUUAAAUCUGGUGAAUUUAGUCAAACCUAUGUGCUUAUCAUUUCUCACUUCAACAAUAAAAAAACUGCAGUUGUACUUCGAAAUUGAGGACUCUUUUCUUCGUUUGUGAAAUGAAUAAAACAUCUCUUCUGAUUAA